UCUUGUGUGGACAAGUAUCAACACAGAAUGCGAGCGUGGAUGAUGUUUAGUGGUUUGAUGUUGCUGUCGAUUCUAGUGAACAGUAUAAACAGCGAACGGAUAUGUUUUUCGUGCAGCGGAAUGAGGCAAGAUGAAAAAUGUCAACAUGCAAUCACAUGUGACAAAGAUGAGAUUUGUUUUGUUCAGAAAUACUUCACGCAUGGAAAUGAAACUAAAUACGAUGUUGGUUGUACAUUUCAAGAGCUUUGCCAAAAGGAUGUUACGGGUCACAUUUUAGGAAAAAGAAACGAACACGCCCAUAUCGUAUGCCAGAAAUGCUGCAAUGAUUCUAACGUCUGCAAUUAUGAUCUUUCAUGUCAAAACAUAAUAACAAGAAAUGAUAAUAUUCAUUUGAUAUCUACAAACAGUAACCACAAGAUAAGUAUAUAUAUGGAAUUACCAGAUGGACAAAGCCACAAAGCCAAUUAUACCACAUUUAACGUCAGUAAUGAACAUUCUUUGUAUGUUUUAACAGUUACUGGGUAUAGUGGAGAUCCAGGGCAAAAUUCCAUAGAUUAUCCUAAUGAUAGCCUCGGUGCAAAUGGUAAGCCAUUUACAACAAAAGACAGAGACAAUGACAAAUAUAAUGGUAACCUUGCAGUUAUCCUUAAGAGCGCAUGGUGGUACAGCAGCAGUUAUUACUCGGAUUUGAACAUAGCCUAUUCAGGUUCUUCCGGGACAAUGUAUUGGAGUCGUUGGAGUAGUGGUAUAUCAAAAAGCUUAAUGAUGAUUAAAAGAACCUAUUGA